ACCACAGGAACACGAGCACAAAGAACAUUUGCGCAGAGCUGUACCAACUGAAUGCUCUGCUCUGGGUUGUAAAACGGAACAAAGGGUUAACAAUUAGAACUUGUUAUUCUUCUGUGAUAGGUUUAUUCUACGCAACAAGCUGCAGUGCAUAUAAAGGUUCCAUGCGCUCCAAUGACCGUCGAUCCCUACUCGCCACAGAUGGGGAGGCUGGGUACUGCAGCUACGAUGACGACGACCUUCAUGCAGCUGCAAGACUGAGAAAGAAACGUCAGAGAUUGCGAGAAUGUCUGUGGAUAGGAUGUGGAGUGCUGCUCAUCUCUCUGGUUGGUGUGGGCCUGUUCUUUGCGACUCACCCCUGGGGCACUAAGACUCCAGCUGAGCCAACUCUCGCGAAAUACCGACAUGCUGCUGUGGCCUCAGAUGUUUCACUGUGCUCUCACAUUGGAAGACAGAUCCUGGAGGUAGAUGGGGGCAAUGCAGUGGACGCUGCAGUGGCCACCCUCCUGUGUAUGGGGCUGGCUGACCCACAGAGCAUGGGCAUCGGGGGUGGAUUCUUUAUGAGCAUCUAUAACAGGACUACAGGGAAGAGUUACAGCAUUGACGCUCGUGAAACAGCUCCAGGCAAAGCCACUGUAGACAUGUUCUACAAGGGAGCUAACUCCAGUAAAGGUGGCCUGGCUAUAGCUGUUCCUGGGGAGAUCCGUGGAUAUCAGGUUGCUAUGGUGAACCAUGGUUCGUUGUCAUGGAAACAAGUGUUUUUACCAGCAGUUACCAUGGCAACCAAUGGCUUCCCCGUACCAUUAUCUUUGCAACAUGCCUUAGAAGACUUCAAAGCAGCAUUUGGCAAUAACAUAAAUGAAACAGUUGCUGCUUAUCCACAGUUUGGGAAAACAUUCAUAAAUCCUGAAACCAAAGAUAUCUACAAGGAAGGGGAGACAAUUAAAAUGCCAGAGCUUGGUAGGACCCUGAAGGUGAUUUCAGAGGAGGGUCCUGAUGCCUUCUACAAUGGCAGCCUCACCCAAGACAUCCUGCGAGAGUUUCAAGAUGCAGGUUCUAUAAUCACCGCAGAGGAUUUACUUGCUUACCGAGCAAAAUAUAGCGACUCAUACUCAUAUAAACUGAGUAACAACUACACACUGCACACAAGCAAGGCGCCGUCUGGGGGAGUGAUUCUCUUGUUCAUUCUCGGCAUUUUGGAUGGCUACAAUUUUACGCCAAGUGACAUCAGUUCAACAGAGAAGUCCAUCCUGACUUUCCAUCGAUUUAUUGAAGCCUUCAAGUUUGCAUAUGCCAAGAGGACACAGCUUGCUGAUGAAGACUUUGAGAAGAAUGUCACAGAGCUGGUGGCCAACCUGACCUCCCGUAGCUACAUUGAGUCCAUACGCAGUCAGAUCUGGGACAACCAGACCCACCCCUACAUGUACUACGGGCCAACGUACUACCAGGAGAACAAGACCAGCACUGCACAUCUUUCCAUUGUAGACCAGUUUGGAAACGCAGUGGCUGUAACGAGCACUGUCAAUGCAAGAUUUGGGGCCAACGUGUUUGGAAAUAGAACAGGCAUUAUUUGGAAUGAUGAAAUGGACGAUUUUGCAACAAGCACCAAACCAAAUGAUUUCGGCGUAUUUCCAUCCCCAGCCAACCAGAUAGUGCCUGGCAAGCGUCCCUUAUCAUCCAUGAGUCCGGCAGUGUUUGUUGACGAUAAAGGGGAUGUGAAGAUGGUGGUUGGGGCGGCAGGGGGAUCUAGAAUCACUACGGCAACAGCAUGGGUAGCGGCCCAGGUGAUGUGGUUCAGGGAGAACAUUAAAGAGGCCAUAGACAGCCUGAGGCUCCACCAUCAGCUGCUGCCACCCAUGUUUACCUAUGAGAAGGGAUUUGAUAUGGAUAUCAUCAAAGGCCUGAAGGCUCUGGGUCACAAUGCGACAGAGGUCAGCCCAGGAAUGUCUAUAGUGCAAGGAAUCACACGUCAAGAUGGGUACCUGUACGCAAACAGCGACUACAGAAAAGGGGGAACACCUGAUGGAUAUUAACAAAGGAAUUAAAUUAAAUUAAGAAAUAAUUUAGUUAAAAUAGUUUCAGAGAAGAAAAUAACACCAAUUUGAACCCCAAAAUAUGAACAUUCUUGAUUUCCUACUAAAAAAAUAUAAGUAAGUAUAGGUCAGUAAGGGUAGUUUAAGAUUUAGAACUUUACUUUAAUUUUUCUUUUGUAUUUCACAUAUUCAAGGACAAAGUUGAUAAGUAAAUGUUCAGAAUAUUGUGUACACAUAAUUUGAAAUUACAAAGUUGUAUGUGCAUAAUGCACUUCUGUUAUUUUUGAGAAGUUGUUGUAAACAAUGACCUUGGGCAGAUGUAUUUAAACUUUUCAUUACUUAAACUAAUCAUAAUAAAUUAACAUUUAGGAAACUUAACAAUUUAUUCCUGUGUGGAAAUGUGUAAGCAGUGAGGGACACAAAGGAGUAGAACACAGAUUGGUAUUCUACACUUGUCACCAUGUAGGAGUAGAACACAGAUUGGUAUUCUACACUUGUCACCAUGUAGGAGAAGAACACAGAUUGUUAUUCUACACUUGUCACCAUGUAGGAGUAGAACACAGAUCGGUAUUCUACACUUGUCACCAUGUAGGAGUAGAACACAGAUCGGUAUUCUACACUUGUCACCAUGUAGGGGUAGAACACAGAUUGGUAUUCUACACUUGUCACCAUGUAGGAGUAGAACACAGAUUGGUAUUCUACACUUGUCACCAUGUAGGAGUAGAACACAGAUUGGUAUUCUACACUUGUCACCAUGUAGGAGUAGAACACAGAUUGGGAUUCUACACUUGUCACCAUGUAGGAGUAGAACACAGAUUGGUAUUCUACACUUGUCACCAUGUAGGAGUAGAACACAGAUUGGUAUUCUACACAUGUCACCAUGUAGGAGUAGAACACAGAUUGGUAUUCUACACUUGUCACCAUGUAGGAGUAGAACACAGAUCGGUAUUCUACACUUGUCACCAUGUAGGAGUAGAACACAGAUUGGUAUUCUACACUUGUCACCAUGUAGGAGUAGAACACAGAUUGGUAUUCUACACUUGUCACCAUGUAGGGGUAGAACACAGAUUGGUAUUCUACACUUGUCACCAUGUAGGAGUAGAACACAGAUUGGUAUUCUACACAUGUCACCAUGUAGGAGUAGAACACAGAUUGGUAUUCUACACUUGUCACCAUGUAGGAGUAGAACACAGAUUGGUAUUCUACACUUGUCACCAUGUAGGAGUAGAACACAGAUCGGUAUUCUACACAUGUCACCAUGUAGGAGUAGAACACAGAUUGGUAUUCUACACUUGUCACCAUGUAGGAGUAGAACACAGAUUGGUAUUCUACACUUGUAGGAGUAGAACACAGAUUGGUAUUCUACACUUGUCACCAUGUAGGAGUAGAGCACAGAUCGGUAUUCUACACUUGUCACCAUGUAGGAGUAGAACACAGAUCGGUAUUCUACACUUGUCACCAUGUAGGAGUAGAACACAGAUCGGUAUUCUACACUUGUCACCAUGUAGGAGUAGAGCACAGAUCGGUAUUCUACACUUGUCACCAUGUAGGAGUAGAACACAGAUCGGUAUUCUACACAUGUCACCAUGUAGGAGUAGAACACAGAUUGGUAUUCUACACUUGUCACCAUGUAGGAGUAGAACACAGAUUGGUAUUCUACACUUGUAGGAGUAGAACAGAGAUUGGUAUUCUACAAUUGUCACCAUGUAGGAGUAGAACACAGAUUGGUAUUCUACACUUGUAGGAGUAGAACACAGAUUGGUAUUCUACACUUGUCACCAUGUAGGAGUAGAACACAGAUCGGUAUUCUACACUUGUCACCAUGUAGGAGUAGAACACAGAUUGGUAUUCUACACUUGUCACCAUGUAGGAGUAGAACACAGAUCGGUAUUCUACACUUGUCACCAUGUAGGAGUAGAACACAGAUCGGUAUUCUACACAUGUCACCAUGUAGGAGUAGAACACAGACUGGUAUUAUACACUUGUCACCAUGUAGGAGUAGAGCACAGAUCGGUAUUCUACACUUGUCACCAUGUAGGAGUAGAACACAGAUUGGUAUUCUACACUUGUCACCAUGUAGGAGUAGAGCACAGAUCGGUAUUCUACACUUGUCACCAUGUAGGAGUAGAACACAGAUCGGUAUUCUACACUUGUCACCAUGUAGGAGUAGAACACAGAUCGGUAUUCUACACUUGUCACCAUGUAGGAGUAGAACACAGAUUGGUAUUCUACACUUGUCACCAUGUAGGAGUAGAACACAGAUUGGUAUUCUACACUUGUCACCAUGUAGGAGUAGAACACAGAUUGGUAUUCUACACUUGUCACCAUGUAGGAGUAGAACACAGAUUGGUAUUCUACACUUGUAGGAGUAGAACACAGAUUGGUAUUCUACACUUGUCACCAUGUAGGAGUAGAACACAGAUCGGUAUUCUACACUUGUCACCAUGUAGGAGUAGAACACAGAUUGGUAUUCUACACUUGUCACCAUGUAGGAGUAGAACACAGAUUGGUAUUCUACACUUGUCACCAUGUAGGAGUAGAACACAGACUGGUAUUAUACACUUGUCACCAUGUAGGAGUAGAACACAGAUCGGUAUUCUACACUUGUCACCAUGUAGGGGUAGAACACAGAUUGGUAUUCUACACUUGUCACCAUGUAGGAGUAGAACACAGAUUGGUAUUCUACACUUGUCACCAUGUAUGUAAUUUUUAAACUGAAUCCACUCAAUUACCUCAGCGCAUUAUUCAUUCCAGUAAUUUACUGUGUAAUGAUCUGAUUAUAAAUAACAUAAUUGCUGAUUUGCAUUAUAUUGAUGUUGUGAACAUUGUUGACUAAUAAUAAUAAAUGAUGCUGAAAUAGAAUUAAAUGUAUAAAUCAUUCCUACAUGUAUAUCCAGUCUGUUUUUAAUCAACUGUUUAAUGAUAUGAUGUAUGAAAUAAUGUGAUUAUGACACUUUUAUAUGGUUUAUUUGUUGUUGCUGUUUUAGUGGAGUGUUGCUAUUUUAAUAUAAAUGUUCCCUUCUUAUUUCGUUAAUGGCAUGAAAUAAAGCUUAUCGGAAGCGUUCACAGUGCUAAUAUUCUAUAAAUUGAAAAUCAUGUUUACAUUUAUCCAGAACUGUUUAAUCUGUUCAUUGCAGCCUGUAGAUUGUUAUUGUAUUAUAUUUAAAUUUAAAUCCUAAAUUAUAUACUAGUAUAAUGUGUAUACAUGUAUACAUUUUUUGAAGUACAAAACAAUCACGCAAAUACAAUUCUAAAUCCAUUUAUAUAUUUUAACAUUUUACAAUGUUUGCUCAAAUGUUAUAUAUCUGGCAGGCAAUAAUUGUUAUUUUGAUCACUUAUACUGAUUACUAUAUGCAAAUCUGGUGCCAGGAAAUGCAAAUAGUACAAUUUUGUUAUUGUAAGUUAAAUUAGCAUGUCCGUAGAGAUUGUGAAAGUUUCUUUACACUUUACUAUUAUAAUUGUAUGUAUUUUACAUUUUGACUGGAGGUUACUAAUAUUUUAUUUUAUAUGGACCAGUGUUUAUUCUUUGCACAUUUAUAUUAUCAGCGUGAUGUUAUAAUUAUUUCUUAUUUUGUGUUAAUAUUUUGAAUCUAUAUCAGAAAGUGUAUGGGUUUAAUUUUUAAAUGUAAACAACAAUAAAUAGAAAAAAAGUUA